UGGGCUUGGCGUCCUCAGGAGCGGUGUGUUGGUGCCCGAGCUUCACGGGUUGGCCCGGCCGCGCAGGGUGGCAGGAGCCCGGGGGCGGGGGCAGCCCGGCUGCCGCCAUGGCUGGGAGCCAGGACAUGUUCGACGCCAUCGUGAUGGCGGAUGAGAGGUUUCAUGGGGAAGGGUAUCAGGAAGGCUAUGAAGAAGGCAGUAGUUUGGGUAUAAUUGAAGGAAGACAAUACGGCACGUUCCAUGGAGCUAAAAUUGGAUCUGAGAUCGGGUGUUAUCAAGGUUUUGCUAUUGCGUGGAAAUGUCUCUUGCACAGUUGUGCCACUGAGAAAGACAGCAGAAAGAUGAAAGUCUUAGAAUCAUUGAUUGAAAUGAUUCAGAAAUUCCCUUAUGAUGACCCUACUUAUGAUAAACUCCAUGAAGACUUAGACAGAAUUAGAGGAAAAUUUAAACAGCUUUGUUCAUUACUCAAUGUUCAGCCGGACUUUAAAAUUAGUGCGGAAGGUUCUGGACUUUCAUUUUGAGGAUGACAGAUGAACAAAGACGAAACAUCAAGGAACAGAUGUCCGUAUGUUAAGUGUUUAAAAAUGUGAUUAAAGGCCAAACAAUGAUGGAGUAUUCAUUGUUCCGCAGGGAGGGCUCCGGUUUGGCCAGUGAAAGGGCUUCCUUCCCCCUGAGGUUUUCUGCCUGCGUUGCCCGGUGCCCCCACGGGGCCUC